AUGGAGAUGAGUGAACCGCUUGACAUCACCAUCGAGACAAAGCCUUUGACCAUUUCUUCACGGAGACGGCUGCAGAACCGAAUGGCCCAACGUCGCUUUCGAGAGAGGAGGGCAUCGAAGAAGAGACUCGAGGCUGAAACCACUUUGGAGUGGCCGAUGACGAUGCCGUACAUGAUGGAUGAUAGCUUCGCAGAGUCAGCCACACUGACAGGCCCAGACGGACUAGGCAGCAUGGAUUCGUUGAUUGGCGACCUGUCCGGCCAUCUUCCCUCCUAUGAUAUUAAUAGCAGCAGCGAGGAUGACGUCCUGACCGUGUCAGCCAAGAGCGACCCCCCUCGUGGCACGGCGGACCCCAACACCAAUUUCCCAUCGGAACCGCUGCAUUUGUCCGCCGUCUCAGCGGCCAUCUCCGGCUUUGCCCCCUCGCGGGCCGGUCUGGAUGACGGUUUCGGCACUUCCUCCCUCCUGGGCCAGGUGCAUCCGCAUCUAUUCAACGUGACUGUGGAUGCUCAACCGGGGUAUCCCCCGUCGUUGACCGAUGAGCGGAGCCCCGAGAAUGCAGGCCGAGGGCGCGAGCAGAUGGUAGACAACUCUGAUUGGAGCGCAGAUGGCAUUAUCCUGGCCAGCCACAUGGGCCAUGGCCACUCACGCUCCGAAGGAAGCAUCACUACGGCCACUACGGCCUCUCCGACGUCAUUACCGCCCCUCUUGCACGUGGGGGUGCGCUCGGGAAAUCGCAGCGUGGUUGCCACGCUGCUCAAGCAUGGAGCUGCUGGGGUGGACGAGCGAGAUCAGCAAGGAUGCACUGCCCUCCACGUCGCUGUCGCACUUGGGGAUAAGGAUCUUGUCUUGACGCUUCUGCAGCACGGUGCAAAUGUCCACUCGCGGGAUGCCCAUGGCCGCAGUCCCCUCUACCUCGCCGUCUCCGAGGGGCAUAACGAGAUCCUGGAGUUAUUGCUCAGAUACGCUAGCGUAACGAAAACGUUGGUCGCAGACAGCACCGAGGAUGACCGGACGCCUUUCAGGGGUACGACCAAGCCCAUCUCUGAAGGCCAAGGGAAGCUACGGGAUGAUUUUAUUAGUACGAUCAGCCAGGAUAACGGAGGAGACAGUUCGAUCUCUCCGAACGUCGAAAGUACCAUCGCUGACAGGGACACGAAGCUGCAGGAUAUGUCCAUAUCUGUGCGAUGGCUUCUAGGCUAUGGAUACAGUCACAAGGUACUGAUCGAAAUCUCAAAUAAUGCCUCUUCGAGGAAUGUGUCCUCUAUAGAUCAACAGUCGCCCACCCGGGGAAAAUUGGACGAAGUUAAUUGCCAAGCUAGGAAUUUCGUGAAUGCAGACGCUCGACCACCGGGCUCUCCCCGGCCCACCCAUAUGCCCAGCCUCUAUGAAUACGAACUUGGCGGAUCACAAGAAGGAAAUACGCCUGCAUCUGCAGAGGGAACAUGCAGUGCUCCCUAG